AUGAGUAAAGGUGUUUCGUUUGAAAAUCUUCCAGUGGAUUUGCAACAUAAGAGUGUUACACAAAAUGAAAGUACCGCUGAUAUAUUAAGCCAGUUACCACAUGAACGAUUACAAGCUGUCCUUGAGAAGGUGCCAGAAGAUGACGUUGAAGUGAGAAAAGUACUAUUGUUAUUGAAGAAGCCAGAAGUGGUGGAUAAUGAAGAUGUGCAGCAGAGAAGGGUACGACUGGCUGAAGCGCUGAUAACUGAUGAAGUUGAUCCAUCUGGUAUCUCAAAUACAGCAGAAGUAAAUACCGAAGAGGAAGACGAGGAAGAUGACGAGGAGUUUUUUACGCCAGCAACUUCUGAGCUAAUAUCUGCUAGGAAAUUUCUAGUCAAAUACUCAUUAGAGAGAUCUCGAAAGAGGUUACAGGCAGAGAUGCAAAGGCACCAAAAUUUCAAUAUAAAGGAAGAGUUACUUAGUCGACGAGCGGAACUAGAACGUAUGGCAAAUUUAGAACUUGCUGGAUCUCAAUUAGUAUCUACUAGGCCUAUAUCAGCCGUCUCUUUAUCACCGGAUAAUGAUUAUAUCGCAACUGGAAGCUGGGCGGGUGAUAUUAACAUAUUGAAUUCUCAAACGCUACAACCGUUAGCACAGAAACUCGAUUCUCACAUAGGGAAAAUUGGGGCUGUACAAUGGCAUCCUGGAUCAAACAAUCAAAUAAUAUCAUGUGCAGAAGAUGGACUCAUCAAAAAUUUCCAAUACUUAAACGAGGAAGGGGACUUACGGUUAUUGGGAGACCUUGUGGGGCACGAAAGACGUGUCUCUGAUUUGAAGUACCAUCCCAGUGGUCAAUUUAUAGGCAGUGCCUCUCACGAUAUGACGUGGAGGCUCUGGGAUGCUUCCACGUACCAAGAGCUUCUAUUGCAAGAAGGUCAUGCCAAGGGGGUAUUCUGUUUGUCUUUCCAAUGUGAUGGAUCGCUUGUUUGUAGCGGUGGAAUGGACUCCCUUGCAAUGAUAUGGGACAUACGAUCUGGGAAUAAGGUGAUGUCUCUAACCGGACAUUCAAAACCCAUAUACACUGUUGAUUGGUCAACAAACGGACAUCAAGUAGCCACCGGUGGUGGUGAUGGAUUGAUCAAUGUUUGGGAUAUAAGACAACGAGACGGUGGUCAAGUACACCAAAUUUUGGCACACCGAAACAUCGUUACUAAAGUUCAAUUCUCAAAAGACGAUAAUGGCAAAAAACUUGUAUCUUGUGGUUAUGAUAAUCUGAUUAAUGUAUAUAGUAGUGACAAUUGGUUGAAAGUGGCAAGCCUGGAAGGUCAUACUGAUAAAAUUAUUAGUUUGGAUAUUUCAAACGACUCCCAGUAUUUAGUGAGCGGUGGUUGGGACAGGUCAGUGAAGAUCUGGAAUUGA